AUGGCGCGUCAAUUGUUCGCAGAAUUAAGAAUUUUGAAGAAAUAUUUGCUUAAUGGCAUCUCUAUAUGUCCCUCUAACAAAUUAUUUGCAAUAGAACGUCGUAAUACAUUUAGCAAGUGUAUGAGGACAAUUUCUUGUCGUUUCCACAAUUCACGGGCUUCACAAAAUAUUUUCUUGAAUUUUGAAAAUUCUCGAGUCAUAAUAUUUAAACGUUGGAUCCAUUCCAGUAAAUCUAGUAAAUCUUUUACAGGUCAAGAACCUAAAGCAGCAUCGGCAGCUACUAUUGCCAAUGUCAUUUCAACCUUUCCCCCUCUUGAAAAACCAAAAGAGAAAGACACAGAGACACUUGUCAAUCAACAUGAGCCAUUGCAAGAUUCUUCUAUUGUAAACUAUAAACCUUUACCAGAAUCCACAUUAUCACAUAUACUCAAAAGUUACAAAGAACUAUCAAAAGCAAAACUUGCCGCCCUUGUGAUAUUGACGACAAUGGGUGGUUACGCGUUAUCACCUGGGUCAACUAGUCUAAUGUGUUUACUAGGCACAAGUGUCGGAACAGGAUUAUGCGUGGCUUCUGCAAACGCGAUUAAUCAAUGGAUUGAAUUUCCGUAUGACGCUCAAAUGUCGCGUACACGAAAUCGAGUUCUAGUACGUAGAGCAUUAACACCAUUUCACGCGUUCGCAUUUGGCACAAUCUCCGGAAUAUCAGGUCUUAUUGUGUUAUCAAUGAUGGCGAAUUCAUUAACAGCUUUGAUGGGCGUUACAAAUAUUCUACUCUACACUUGUAUAUAUACUCCGAUGAAAAGAGCCUCAAUAUUGAAUACAUGGGUUGGUUCGAUUGUUGGCGCGAUCCCGCCGAUGAUGGGUUGGGUUGCUAGCACUAAUAAUCUUGACCCCGGAUGCUGGUUACUCGGCGGAAUAUUAUACGCAUGGCAGUUUCCGCAUUUCAACUCGCUGGCGUGGAAUUUACGCGCCGAUUAUUCGAAAGCCGGAUAUCGAAUGAUGGCAGUCACCAACCCCGCGCUGAACGCACGAGUAGCCCUACGGUAUAGUUUAUUGUUAUUCCCGUGGAGUUACAUGAUACCAUAUAUGGGAAUGACAAGUUGGUGGUUCGCGUUUGAUUCAACAUUGGUGAAUUCUGUUUUGCUAUGGGGCUCUUACAAGUUUUGGCGAAAUUCGAAUGAUAAAACUGCGCGAGAUUGUUUCUUUGCGAGUUUGAUUCAUUUACCUGUCAUUUUUGCACUUAUGAUGUUGCAUAAAAGGUAUCAGAGUGGCGAAAAUCUUGAUGUUCCAGAUAAAUAA